CAGCGGGGCAACAGGAGAGCGAAAUGCGGCCGCAAGGAUCUCGAAGCCGAAAUCCGAAGCGAAGAUGGCGGAGCAGGUGAGCGCCAGGAGCGAAUCGGAGUCGAAGGUUCCGAAGGCCCUCGACGACCCAGCGAAGGACUCGAUCUCGGACAAGAGAGGAUCCAAGAGUCUCAAGCCCCGCGAGGAAGACCCGGAAGAGGAAGCGGCGCCAGAGGAAGUGAGAAAGGCGGAACCGACGCUCCGAAAGGAUGAGAACGAAGCGGGUUUCGAAAAGCUACCGCUCAAGCCCGCCAGGCAGAUGGACUUCGAAGCAUCUGAGAAGGAAGGCACAGGCCGGCUCGUGAAAAUGAAUUCGAACCAGAGAGGGUUAUGGUUUGGCGAGGAAUCGCCUCCAGGGAUCCACACAAACUUGUUCAACCAUCACCACAAAUUUUCAUGCGACGACUCCAAGUGCACAGCGAAAGGAGGCACUUGGCAACCCCUGGACGACUGCUCCGGUGACCGAGACCGACCCAUGCUCUACUGCCCGACUGCCGACGAGUUCUGCUGUGGCCAGCGCAAGUACAAACACCGGGCGAAGAGGUGCAAGCAGUCGGGGGGAAGUUGUCACAUUCACCCCAAUACCUGUACUGGGGAAGCCGAGAGGAAAAGGUGUCGAAAAGGGAGGAGGUUCUGCUGCUACACCCCAAAACCAUAUGUGGACCCACGCUGCAAUGGCGCCAAUUUCACGCUAAGGGAUGGCUACCAGAAAUUCACCGCCUCCGAGGGACGCAUCAUUAGCCCCGGGAACAUGGUGCGUUACCGACGAAACCUGAAAGUCACCGCCGACCUCGUUCUGCCGGCCGGGACCGUCGCCAGAUUCGAGUGGAAAGACAUCGAGGUCGAAGAGAACUCGCGGUGCUGGUACGACUACGUGGAGAUCGUCGACACAGUCACCGGCGAGGGUCUCGAACCGUACGGCAUCAAGAAGUUCUGCGGAAGGAAAGUCCCUCAUACCAUGAAAUCCAAAAGUAAUUUGGUGACAAUAAAGUUCAUAACUGACUACAGUGUCCAGAAAGAAGGGUUCAUUCUUUGCUUCAGUGCUGACUCGCCAUAAGAAGUUCUGCUUUCCAACUCAGAUAAGGCAACAUACCUGGAGAAAGCGUGUGAUCAACUAACUACAAAAGCAAUAUCUUCCAUCAAAUUCAGCAAAGGUAACAGUGUAUUAUGCUCUUCCGAACUUAUAAUAUCCACUGCAUAAAUCGUUUGAAUGAGUACUUAAUGUUUACUAACCGGUAUGCUUUAAUCUAGUUACCUACAUACAGCCAGGCUUUUUUUAUAUAAUUAUAUAGCAAAACGGUUCUGUUUACUCAUUCUUUUCCUUGUUCUUUUUACAUAUAUAAUGUAAAAACUGGCAAGUACUAUGCACAUGUCAACCGUUCAGGAUUAGUUAAAAGAUAAACGUUAUGAAAAUUAUUCUAUACCAACGACGCAUAACUAAUUCUUCAAUAACAAUAGGUUACCAAAUAGUUUUGGAACUUGUUGCUAUUCUAUGUGUUAACAGAAUUGUAUUUUCAAAAUACAUGAAUAUCAGUUUAUAUACUUUUGGUUGUAGUAAUAAAGAUACUAAUUGCAUUUUUUUAUAUAUAUUUAUGCGCUUCACUAUAAAAUCAGCAAUGAAUUUCGAAAUAUUUAUCACCCAUGGCAAAAUUUUCAAAUAUGUAUUGUAAACAUAUGUGCAAAAAUAAAAAGAUGAAAUUCG